AAAAAAGAAGGAGCUGUUUAACAAGCAAACAUCGAUUUCAAGUUUCAGAAUUGGAACUUUAUUUGUUCACAUGAAUAGGGUGAUUCGAAAAACAUUCCCUCCAAAAUUCAGAAGACGUCUAUGCCUUUUGACAGGCUGUUUUGUCUUCUGUCCAACCCACGCACAACUUCCGAUAUUGAUUUAUUGAAUGUUAUUGUGUUCCAGUGCCGCCAACCCCGCUGAAGAUAACCCGCCAGUACUCGCCCUUCCUCGCUCUCCUCUGCACAACAGCUGGCUUCUUCCCGGGGCAGCUUGAACUCAUGUGGUAUAAAAAUUUCUCCGAAAUCACGUCUGGCAUCAACAUCAGGAAAAUCCUGAACGAAGAGGGUUUAUUUCAAGUUUCCAGCGAGCUCAGUCUUCCGGAGAGGGAGUCAGUCUAUACCUGCCAGGUUUCUCACGUCGCACUCAGCGUCCCGGCAAACAUCAGCGACAAAAUUCCGAAUCACGGUAACCAAGACCGUACUUUCUCUUACGCCUUAGUCUUUGGUUGUGCUGCAGGCGGGAUUAUGAUUUUAGUUCUGGGAAUUGUCUUAAAGGGGUGCAAAUCAGACAGAACAACUGGUAACCAAGACCGCACUUUCUCCUACGCCUUAGUCUUUGGUUGUGCUGCAGGCGGGAUUAUGAUUUUAGUUCUGGGAAUUGUCUUCAAGAGGUGCAAAUUAGACAGAACAACUGGCAACGCGAUUGCUGAGGACAUGAACAGCCAAUUUGAGGAACAGAUCAAUCGGGACAGAGAAGCAGUGAGUCCGAUUUAUGCUGCUCUCCACUUCAGCGGAGAGAUGAAACCUGCAAAACUGCGAACGGAGCAAGAGAGCUUCGUGUAUGCGCAGGAAGAAAACAGAGUCUUCAAUGAAGAAUGGGAAUUGCAGCAUUUCCCAGUUGCUAUGAAAGACAAAAUGAUGUGUUCUCUCUGCAACACCAUAAUUACACCAGUGAAAAAAUGCAAUGCAUAUCAGCAGUUUGCAACUCAUGAAGACCACAAAUAUGCUGGCCUGGAAGAAAAGCCCUGGAAGUCUACACUUAAGAAAAUGGUCAGUCAACAGAAGCAGCAGCAAGUAUAUAAACUGAUCUCAGGCCAAGGGACUGACAUCACUGAAGCAACUUAA